AUGGCCGGCGUGCCAAGCCUGGGCGCAUUGCCCCAGACGCAGUUUACGCUGCAUCAGCUCUUUGAGCAGGCGCAGUUGGAGGCAUGUAUGAAGUUGAGCGAUGACUCGGUUGAGCUAGCUCAGCGGAUUGCCGCGGCCGAGGCCGACAAGCAUGCUGAUGGCAUGGGCGUGCUGCAGGUGCAGGUGGAGGAUGCCACGGACAAGGCGGGCAACUUGUUUCCCCCGGUCGAUCAAGCGCGUAGUUUUAUGGUCCCCGAUUGGCCUUGCCAGAUGGUUCCCGCGUGUGCAACUGCGGAAGCCAUGGUCGAGGCUCUUGACGCUGGUGUGCCCUUUUUAGCUACCGCUCCCGAGUUUACCGAGCAGUUUGCAGAUAUACCAGACGGCCUGGCUUACAUGCAGCGUGUGCGCGGACAUGAUUUUCGACAGCCCCGCAUUGCUUUUCGUGGUGGCUGGGGCCGCCCAGCCUCGAGCAUGCUCGACCACACCAUGCUCAAGAUGGUCAACUCCGUCCAGGACAUUAUGGAUGAACAGGAGCUGGCCCUCAACAUUCAAAUCUUCCACCGACCUGAAGAUGGCUUGCCCGUCCUGCCCGCGCGCUUGAACUGGCCACUGCCGGACAUGUUUGGAGGCGCUACCAGUCAAGCUGAAACGGUGCAACUGGAUGCGCCAAUCGCUGGGCCGGGGCUUCACAACAAGGCUGAUGAAGCUCUGAGUGGCCGUGACGAAGUACAGCAAAGUGGCUCUGGUGUCAUUCUUGAUAACGCAACGCGCAUUUCUCGCCGUGGUGCCGUCACUUGGUGGCACCUGGACGAUUGUGGUGAAUACGUGUAUCAGGCCCAGCCUGUCCUGCUCGGGCCCAACGGCCUCCCCAUCACCAAGCUUUUUGUCUACGCACCCGUCGAGGCUUAUGAACUCAUUACGCAGGAUCAGCGCAAGGGAAGCGAGGAAGACAGCAUGGUGGCGGCGGUUGACCCCUUCCGCUGCCCCUCCCAUUGGCUACCAAAAGAUCGAUCGGGUCAGCCCGUGUUGCCGACAUUCUACAUCGCAGCGCUGGAAGCGGGUGGACCACCGCUGAUGAGUGCGCCCAACAUGCCUCACAUGGUCAUUACGAUUCAAGACUGCGUCAUGGUCGAACAAAGGCGCUUGAGCUUGAUGUGCAUGGAUGAGGUGGCGUACUUUGCCGAGCGUGUGCGUCGCUGGCGGGACCCCCCCGUCCUCUACAAGGCCUUUUCUCAAGGCAUGUCUGAUGCCGUGUACGUUGGACAGCGCAUCAUCAUGCCACUCUUGCGCCGCCUACGUGCGGCCGUGAUGGCCGGUUUAGAUACUUUGUCCCCCAGUGAACGCCUGUUUGCCCAGCGAGCCUAUCUGAGUUUGCAAGCUUUGGUCAAGUACCGGCGCAACUUUGCCAUUGCCCCCGAGCUCCUGCGCUCACUGAAGCAGCAUCUAACCGAUGCUGCAGCUGCAGCCCCUACGCUGGCGCAGCAAGAUGGGCGUGGUCAACACCUGGAGGCUGCGCAACAGAACAUGCGCCAAGCCGCGAGUGGUGUGACGUGUCUACCCAAUGGCCAGUUUGUGGCGUACAUUCACGUGGCUGCCCGACCCCGGUGGGGCACCGUGCGCGAUAAUCUGGGCCGGGCCAAGGUGGAUCAAAAGCUGCUUCAAGACGCUGUCAAGGCUGGUAAUCUUGAAGCGUUGUUGCUGCAAAUGGCCAGUGGAGAAGAUUUGGGCGCGGCCGAUGCAGCUGCAGCCGAGGCAGAGGAGGACGACCUCUUUGAUUGA